GCCGGGUCGCCAUGUGGGUGUUCGGCUACGGCUCCCUCAUCUGGAAGGUGGAUUUCCCCUAUCAGGAGAAGCUGGUGGGACGCAUCCGCGGCUACAGCCGGCGCUUCUGGCAGGGCAGCACCGACCACCGCGGGGUACCGGGCAAGCCUGGAAGAGUUGUGACCCUGGUUGAAGAUGCUGAGGGCUGCGUGUGGGGCGUCGCCUACAGACUCCCAGCUGGGAAGGAAGGAGAAGUGAAGGCCUACCUGGAUUUCCGGGAGAAGGGAGGCUACAGGACCACCACGGUCAUCUUCUACCCCAAGGACACAUCGUUGCAGCCCUUUGACGUGCUGCUGUACAUCGGUACUUGUGACAACCCAAACUACCUGGGCCCCGCGCCGCUUGAGGACAUUGCGCACCAGAUCCUGGGCGCUGCUGGGCCUAGCGGCAGGAACACAGAAUACCUCUUUGAACUGGCCAAUUCCAUCAGGAAUCUUGUGCCAGAGGAUGUGGAUGAGCACCUCUUCUCCCUAGAGACACUGGUCAAGGAGCUCUUGAGCAAGCACCAGAACCUCAACUGUCUAUAAAGUACCUGACAAGCUGGCUCUGCCUUGGGAGGAGGUUUUGUUGGUCAUGGGGGUGUGACCAUGGGGGGAACGUUCCUCUGAUUAAUACUGUGUAUUUUAAUCAAUGCUGCAUUCAGAAUAGGAGUUAGUCACUUAAAGCAAAACUGCCAAAAUGGUUUCUUUCAGGAGUCCAGAGAAAAGCCAGCAAGGAGAGUGUUCUACGUUUGAAUUUGGUAUCUUAGCUUUUCAUCCAAAGGCUAUGUUUCAAGACAACCACUUAAACUUCUUUUUGUGUUUUAUUGUUAUUUUAGGUUUAAAAGAAAUCUUUAGAAUAUUUUUGAGGUCAAAAUCAGCAUGGAGAGAUAAGUUCCACAGAUUUAAGUGAUUUAAGUUCUGAUUCCAGACCACAAGGCAGGAAUUUAAAGUGGUUGGCCUAAAUUGUGUAGUAUAGAACAUUUUAAUCAAAAUUCAACUCCUCUGAAAUGGAGUUAGGCUCACCCUUUCUAUGUUUAUUUAUCCUUGAACUGCAGAGGAUAAAACAUUUUAUUGCAAAGGAAUUAAUUCCUUCCCUUGGCUGCUGAUGUCAAGCCCUGAAAAAGCAAAGCUCUGGGCACUCUGACUCAAACAAGCCAUAAGCUAUCAAUGCCUCAUUUUAAUUUUAAAUUCUAAUAUAAAGAAUAGCCCCAACAUAUUAAGAUUAACUAAGAGCAUGACUUGAAGUCACAACACAGCAAGAAAGAGAAACUCUCAUCUCUGUUACUUCAGGUGCUGUUGUGGCCCCAUCUCUUCAAAAAUCCCAGCUCCAACGAUAGAUUGGAGUUUUGGGAUUCACUACCAGGAGGUAAUUAAGGAAAAACCUCUCUUUUCAGUAACUUUAGGGGUGUGUAUGGACAUGCCAAGAGGGUUGGGAAGCCCCCACUUUAGGCUGGUAGGAUUCCUGAUGGACUCCACUGGCACAAUGGAGUAUCCGUCCCAAUAUGGAUUUGUCUCGCUCAUCAAAACUUUUAUUUUUUUCUAACUUUUAACUGAAUAUAUUUUUAUAUCUUAAUAUCAAAGGUCCUGUUUUCCCAUCCAGGGAAUGUUUUAAGUGUUUAAUAGCAACCUGGAAGCCUGGAUUCUGCAUCAGUAAUUGCAAAAAAUGUGUGGUUUUCCCCUAAAAAGUUUGACCCUUUCUGUUCUUUACAUCUUCCUGAUUUAUAUUUGUAAAGGUAAAAUUGUGCAAUGGCACUCUCUGCUUUCUUGAAAAUUCUUUCUAGAUUUAAAAGUUCUUUCCUCAAAGACUUAUCCUUGUUCCUUAGAACAGGGCAAGGGAUGCUUGUGCUCAGUAAUGAUCCUGAACCAUCAGGGCUGAUUCCCUGCUAAUUGUUUAAAUACUGUGAUUCUGUGUAGCCCCACAUUCCCUGUCUUAAAUUGCCUCCAAGGCUCUGCUGGUUCACUUGCUUCCCAAAUCCAUAAACCAUUGCAAUAAUACAUGUUCCUCCUCUGUGUGUGUGUGUGUACGACUUCAGUGCAAUAAAAAAGCAUUACAGUGACUAA